AUUUGACUGAAGUUCAUGUAGCAGCUCUUCAUUGAAAACAGGGAUAAUAAUAAUUUAAUUAUUUGAUUUGUUGUUUGUUUACAGCUGACGCUCUACGCCCAGAAGUUUGAUGAGUUCCAGACGACUUUGGCCAAAAGCAACGAAAUCUACGUGCGCUUUAAAAAGGAGAUGGAGAACAUGUCAGACAAGAUGAAGAUCAUGGAGAAAGAGUCCAACGUGUGGAAGACGAGGUUUGAGAACUGCAACAAGGCUCUGACGGACAUGAUGGAAGAGAGGACAGAGAAAGCCAAAGAGUACGAGCAGUUCGUCGUGACGAUCCACAAACUGGAGAGACUGUGUCGUGCUCUGCAGGAGGAGAGGAAAGUGCUCUAUGAAAAAAUCAAAGACAUCCGUCAGUCUAACUCGGAGCUGCCGCUGAAGCUGUUCAGCAGCUCUAACCCCCCGGAGGCCGCGGACAAACCCGUCCUCCUGACUCCUGUGGAGCUGCAGGAGGACGACCCGGUGCUCACAGAGGACAUGGCUCGUCUCAGACAGGAGCAGGCCAAGCUGCAGGAGUUCGCCAACUCCCUGUUCGCCGCACCUGCCGACGUCGACGAGGAACCAGGAGAUAUUGACCUCAAUGACGACGCGUUGGCUUCUGCGUUUAUUCAUUUCAAAACCAAAACUCAGGUUCAACAGGAGCCGGUUUCAGGCGCCGAGCAGGAGGUGGAUGUGAAAUCAGAGGCGGCAGAUGCUGAUGUUGGAGUGGAGGUGGUUCAAAAACCAGAUGUGUCCGCACCUGGAGAAGUCGAGGUCAAACCAGAGGAGGAGAAGCUUUCUGCACAGGAACCAGCAGCAGCAGAUGAGAAGGUUGAGAAUCCUCCUGCGACAGAACCAGAGGCUGAAAUGUUGAAGACGCCUGCUGAGGUCAAAGCUGAUGAACCUGUGCAGGCGACAGAAGAAGCAACAACCUCAGAGUCUCCGUCUGGAAACACGACCGCCGCCUCCAACAAAGACUCCUCCAAGAAACAGGCCCCGAAGAAGAAGAAGAAGAAGAACGGCAAGAACUCCAGCUAAAGUUUCAACCAUCAGAGUGUGUGUGAGCGUGUGUGUGUGUGUGUGUGUGUGUGAGAACCUUUUGUUAAAGGUGAAAACGUUCAGUUUGUCCAAACUGCUGCAGCUGAAGAGUUUCACCAGAUCAGGACGGACAAAUAAAACUGACUGUGUUUUACAGUUUAAAUAAAGAUUUGGAUUCAAGCUGUCGAGCGUAAACACCAGCGAUGAAUCAAAAGUUUG